UUUAUAUAUGUAAUAGAUCCAUGAGAUUGAUUAAGUUAUGUGAUUUACCGUAUAUGGAGUUCUGUAUUACCGAUUGUGUACGCCCACACAUUUGUAAUAAUGGGCAAAGCAAUAGAGAACAAUAGAGAUCAUGUUGGGUCGGCUCUCGGUAUAAUUUCCGUUCUUCUGUUUAGAUCUUUCUAAUAAAUUACGUGACGAGGCAUACGAACGAAACACAUUCGUACGUUUAUACGUGCGUCACAAUGACCUUUCGAAAAUACUUUUUCGUUUAUUUCUUUAUCAGAUAUACGUGCUUAAUUACAUGCGAUGUGAUAUUGAAGGAGCCGACCGUGCUGAUCGCAAUUCUAGUCAGGAACAAAGCACACACGUUGCCAUAUUUUCUCAGCUUCUUGGAGCAGCAGGAUUAUCCUAAAAACCGGAUAUGUCUUUGGAUACGCAGCGACAACAAUAUCGACAAUUCCAUAAAAAUUUUAAAUAAAUGGAUUGAUUCUGAAGGCGAAAAGUAUCAUUAUUUGAAUAUUUACUUGAAUACAACGACGACGGGAUUUGAAGACGAACGGACGUAUGCAGAUUGGUCCCCUCACAGAUUCGCGCAUGUAAUAAAUUUACGUGAAGAAGCGCUCAAUUACGCACGAGAAAUAUGGGCGGACUUUAUUUUGAUGCUGGAUGCUGAUGUUUUCUUGACCAAUUCGAGUACUCUGCGCAACUUAGUCCUUAAGGAACAGACCAUUGUAUCACCCUUGCUGAGAUCGGAUGGUAUGUACAGCAAUUUUUGGGCCGGGAUGACAGCGGAGCAUUAUUACUUGCGAACGGAUCUCUACGAGCCGAUUUUGUACCGUGAGAAAAUCGGAUGUCACAAUGUGCCUAUGGUUCAUAGUGCAGUUCUCAUCGAUUUACGACGAUAUGACUCUGAUCGUCUGAGCUAUAAGUCUGAGAAACUAAUUGCAUACGAUGGACCUGUGGACGAUAUCAUAACUUUUGCUGUAGGAGCAAAUAAAUCAGGUGUGCCAUUACAUGUGUGCAACGAUGAGGCCUAUGGCUUCGUUAUGGUGCCAUUGGAGAAUAAGGAAACUAUCGCGGAAGAUAUGCAACGGUUGACUAAUACGAAGGCAGAAAUAUUGGCAUUUAGCGACUAUUUGCCGUUAUCAGACAAUCUGAUGGAAUUCGUGACAUAUCCGCAGAAGGAUACCUUGGGUUUAGAUCACAUCUACAUGAUUAAUCUGCUGAGAAGACCGGAGAGACGUAAUAGAAUGAAAAGACUGUUCAAAGAAAUCGGCAUUUUAGCGGAAAUCAUCGACGCCGUGGAUGGUAGGACUUUAAAUGAAAAUACUUUGAAGGAAUGGGGUGUGGCGCCAUUGCCAGAAUAUUUGGACCCUUAUCACAAGAGGCCGAUGACAAUGGGCGAGAUUGGCUGUUUUCUCAGUCAUUACGUUGUAUGGCAGAAGGUGCUGGAACGUGGUUACGAAAGGGUCAUGGUGCUGGAGGACGACGUUCGUUUCGAGCCAUUCUUUCGACAGAAAGUCAAUUACAUUUUAGCGGAGCUGUUUGAUCUUGGAACUCAGUGGGACUUGGUAUACAUAGGAAGAAAACGCUUGGUGAAAUCGGAGAAACCAAUCGAAGAUUCCAAAGUUUUGGUUCAUGCAGGGUACAGUUAUUGGACAUUAGGUUACAUUUUAUCAGAAAGCGGGGCAAAGAAACUAGUUGAUGCUAAGCCUCUCGGAAAAUUAAUUCCAGUCGACGAGUAUCUCCCCAUUCUUGCGAAUACACAUCCGGAGCAGCAAUGGGUGGCGCAGUUUCCUACUCGGGAUUUGAUUAUGCUAUCGGCAGAUCCACUUCUGAUUUAUCCGACGCAUUACACCGGCGAGGACGGGCACAUCAGCGAUACGGAAGACUCGAAGCUCGUGCAAAACACUUCUGCAUUUACGGAGUUGGAAAAUCGAGAGGAACUAUAAUUAUUGAAAAGCUAUAAGAUACAAAGGAUUAGGGAUUAUCUAGUCGUAGAAAUCAGUUUAUAAGCAAUUCCUAAUAUAACAAAUUAAAAAACUUUUUACCUAAAAUAUCUCAGCGAAUAUACUGCCAAUAUAGUGCCAUAUACUAUUAAUUUUAAGUUUUGAUUGCGAUAAUCUAUAUUGAUCAAAUAUAGAUUUAAGCUUUUUUACAGAAAAAUAAUUGAGUCACAGUUUUAUAGACUUUUUAAAGAAAUACUUAUUCAAUUUGUUUAAAUAUAAAAAUAGC